CCCUACUACAUACGACCAAGACAUUCCACUGGUCGUUAACUUCAUCACUCGAGCCAGCGUAUCGACAUGUUCGAACCGAAACCAGGCUGCCCACUCUGUGGAAUUGUUUCCUCCUCUGCCCAUGGUCCUGUCAACUCUCCGCGCUCGCCCUCCUUCCCCGUCGGGUCCAGUCAACCAGAAGUGCUCUGGCGUGAUGACAACUUUACCGCAUAUCGCGAGAAAUUAAACCCAGUCUCCACCAAGGGUCACGUCAUUAUUGCGUUCAACCUUCAUGUCCCGUCCAUCUAUACUCUUUCUUCCACAGAUCUGCCUCUUCUUGUGAAUAUCAGGAAUCUCGCAAUUCGGUUAUUGACUUCCUUGCUUCCACCCUCUGCGUCGUCUCCUCCUCCACUCAACGCCGCCAAUCCCUUGUUUCGGAUUGGUUUCAUCGCGCCGCCGUUCUCUGACCGCAAGAUACCCGUCACAGACCACCUGCAUUGUCAUGCGUACAUAACUCCGGCCGACCAGCUAGGGUGGUGGCGAGGCGUGGCCUACGGACCCAUGGCUUGGUAUGGCAUCGACGAUCUGAUUGCCGAAAUCCGCGAGUCUGUAACGAACAACAGGAUCAAGUCUGGCCAUGCAAACCGCGCUCAAGCUCCGAUAGAUAUGGUCCCGGACGCAGGCGCGCGUAGCGGGACGGCAAAUGGUCUCGAGACGACCGAACCAGGGAUUGCGCGGGACUCUGAGGCUGAUCUGGAGACUGGGCAGAGAACGCCGUCAGCCCUGAAUGGUAGUCCACGGUCGGCCAUGCUGUCUCCGCAGGCUGCGAUACCCACUAUACGCGUUUGAUCUCAGCAUAUCUUCACCAUAUAUCCCGGACUGUGACAGCAUUACAAUCGCUGAGUUGAAUCGCAGUAGUUGGACGAUAUAUAUAUAUAUCCAUCAUUCUGAAAUCAGAUCCAGCGCUGGCUAUUUCAGUGGCUGGACAUGUCGGAUCAAAGGCUACCACUAUCAUCGUGACCGAUUCGUUGUACCUCGUCACUUGCCGUCAUCAGUCCUCCUUGCUGGCCUUUGCUUCCUGCUUAUCCAGCUGAACCCAAUAUCAACAUCAUGGGGAGGACCUAUCGACGGUAUCUGGCCGGAGAAAGAAUCUAUGGAUGCUCGACGUGUCGCACUCACCUGGCUACCAUCCACUCGAUGAUAUCUAGGGCUUUCAAUGGUCAACACGGGAGAGCAUACCUAUUCGAGGUCGUAGUGAACGUCACGGAAGGAGAGCCCAAUGAUCGUCCAAUGACGACAGGAAACCACACUGUUCGGGAUAUAUUCUGUUGCAAGUGUGGGACUACUGUGGGAUGGAAAUAUGCAAGUGCUUUAUUGACCCGCCAUCGUGCUGCUUCUCGGACUCACUGCUUCGGCUCUUCUCUUCCAUCAGGAGAAAGCUUUUGAACAGUCGCAGAAGUACAAGGAGGGAAAGUACAUUCUCGAGCGAAAUCUCCUCGUGGAUGUGCAGUGAUCCUAUGGCUUGCUCGCCACCUGCGAGUUGUUCCGAGGCUCCUUCCCCACCAAUGGACUACGUGACAUUGCUUCUCUCCCAACCCCCUGGACUCGUUUUCUGGAUGGGUUCUCUCUGACCCCAAUGACAUCCUCCCCAAGGUGGAGAUAGUGCUCUUGUGGGCUUAUCUGCGACUCUUGGCGCCAUUAGAACAUCUAGUGCACGCACAUCCUUGACUUCCAUCGCGGUAGCCAACUGCUUCGUUCCCGAGGUCGUGUGUCAUCUUUGUCGUAUUGAUUUCGCAAUAAACAAAGCACAUGCAUUAUAUCCCUGGUCCGCUUCGGCGACAUGGCUGCCCAGUGGUCCAAGCACAUGUACAAGUCGUUCCUGGAGCACGCAGAGAAAAACAAGGUGGUGUAUUGAGAAUGUUUCGGUCUAUGCCAAGUCUGGCUUCAUUGCUAUCUGCUCCUGUUGGCGACAUCCGGUGCGCGAUCUCUGCAUCUGCGGGAACUUCAGAUCCACUGCACAGAUUAGUACAGCAGACUCACACCUUGGCUCCCCAGCUAAUGGUAAUCCCUGGGUUUUGUUAUCUGCGCUACGAGUUGCGUCUUUCCGAAGCCUUGACAUCAUGCGGUCGUCGACUCGGCGCAUGCUUCGGAUCAAAUAGAGCGGCGAUGCCGAAAACUUCCGCUCCUUUGGGUCAACGGCGGCCCUGAUCGGUCCCCACGGAGGCACAAUAACAACACCAAAGUACUUCCCCAAAGUUGUCUACAGCAGCAUAUAAGUAAACCCCACCGUUGAAUGUAUAACUCGCAUCCGGUAAAGCACCCCGCUUCAUCCCCUCACCCUCCCCUCCUCCCCUCCUCCACCACAAGCCCCAGUGCACUCUCGCCAUUGUUUCUUGCUCUCGCACAAUGUCUACCAUGACCGCAUCGCGUCCCUUCCACUCAUCCCCUCUCUCUGGACAGGCGUGCUCUCCGUCGCCUUCGGCACGUAGUUCUGCGCGUCCUUUCAACCAGUUCCCCACCUCGCGUGGUCUGCGCCCAUUUGCCAACAUGCCCGUUGCCCCGGCCAAGGGCAAAAAACCAGUGAAGAUGAUCCAGCCACCCGCGAACCAUCGCAUGUCUUUCGUACUGGAUCUCACUCAAGCCGAAUUCAGUCGCCAGUGAACGGAGAUGUACAGCGCUGUAUCUUAUCAGCAAGUCUUGGGAGUGUGUUGCAUCAGAGAACCAUAGAAGACGACGGUUAAGGGAACGCCCGGGUACCGGGACGCAGGGCACGCCCCCGGCUUCUCGUCACCGUGCAUUUUUGGGGAGCAGCUGGAUUAUUUUGAUGCUCGAUGUUUGCGGGCUCGCAGUUUGGCGGGCAGCCGUUGGUGGGCGACAUGCCCGUCUUCGUAGGAUGAAGCCUCUGUCUCCUCACCGCGACAUGCUGCUUCGUGUACAUAUUAUACUGGACAACGCGGCAGAAAUGAUUAAAUUUGUAAUUUGCACCACGCGGCUCGCCUUGCCUUGCAGCAAGCGCAUUCGGAAUGAGCGCCUAUUGAGCGCCUUCGGCCCUGCGUCAGAGACGUGGUCAUCGCUUCUUGUGGACACCGCCAUCAGCCGGUGGCUGUAACUGUCCCACGCUGUUGCGGAGAGUCACGGCGGCGUUACAGCGGUUCCCGAAAACCUUGAGACUCACGAAAAAAAUAUUUUGUACGCAUAGACAUGAUCGAUCUUUGA